UGUCCGCGAAAACCAACCGCGGGCCCUCAAACGCUGUCAGCGCUACGUUUCUGACCCCGGAAAUUCUCCAAAACAUCCUCGAGGAAGUUGCGGCCGAACCCGAUCCUAGGCUGUCCAUGCGGAUGAUCAAUAAUUGUAGGACGGUCGCAAGAGCCUUCCGCGAUCGCGCGACGAGGGUCAUGUUCUAUCACCUGAGGGUGGUCGAUAUGGAGGUCACGAUUAACAAGAGGCUCUGGUUCAUCGCCUCCCACCAAAGAGCGAUGCUGAACGAAAUACGAAAACUCCAUGUCAUCCUUGUGCAGGAGGUCGGUCUUCAGCAAGCCACCGCUGGAAUUCUCGACUGUGUGUUUAAGAGGAUGUCGUCGAACAUAACCUCCAUCCACCUCAGCUACGAGCCCACCGACCCAAGAGUGGCACUAUCCUUCUCACGUCUUGUCGCGGAUUACAUGAAUGUGGCCGUCGGGUUGAAGAAGGCUUGCCGCGUUGACGGGUUCCAGCACCUCAUCCUGGAAGAUAUGAGGGAGAUCCAAGGCAAUUUCUUCGGCUCUCAGUGCCAGAAUCUCAAGCACCUUACGCUCGAGCGAUGCUCGUUCUUGCCUUGCCGCAGUCAGGCGCUAUACACGCCGAACGCGGAGACGUUCUGCGGGCUCGAGACGCUGCGUGUUGUGGAAGCCUUGUCUAACAGGGCGAUAAAGUUCUCUGAGACUAUCCCGUAUAUGGAGUCAAGGCCAUCGGUCAAUUUGAGGAGCGUCUCAUGGAUGGUGCAGAGCAGAAACGGGGCGGCGGAUAUGUGGACCAAAUUGGCAGUUUUGGGCAACGCCCAUAUGUUGGAGGAGUUUGAAGUGAUAGACUUGGUGCGCGAUGGGGCCUCCGCCGGCGGCGCUUUAAAUGAGGUGAUUGAUCUCGUGUGGCUUAAAGACAGCCUCAGGACCUUCAGCCUGAAAAUCAUCAUCACCAACCCAACCGUACCGCUCAGCAGGAACAACUCCUUCAAUAUUCUAAACGUUUCUCCUCUCGACGGCGUCUCCUACAUAAAGGACCUCCAUAUCACAAUCGAAACCUUCUACGACUACAAGGACCUCACCAGCUUCUUUACGUCACGGCGAACGGGUUGGGCGAAAUUCAAGUCGGAGACGCUGAAGCAGCAUGACAGUUAUCCGUGGCUGAACGCGUUAAACAUCGAGCUGCGGCUGAAGGCUCACGCAGACUUGGACGAGCCGUCCGAUGCGGAGAUCGAGGAGUUCGACGAGGACCUUGAUUUUAGGUUCUUGGAGGAAAAGGGCGUCGUUGGCGAUCUUAAGGUCGUAUAUUGAU